UCUUGGUCGUGGAGGAGCGGGCUGCACGCGGUGGCGGCCGACAUGACGGCCCCAGGUCGCAGCCCCCUGCAGCCGCUCCUGGAGACUUGGGAAGACCCCUCGGUGCCUCCCGGAGAGCAGACGGACGCCUACCUAACUCUGACCAGUCGUAUGACUGGAGAAGAAGGAAAAGAAGUCAUUGCAGAAAUCGAGAAAAACCUUUCUCGGCUGUACACGGUUUUAAAGGUUCACAUUUCCAGUCAGAACUCAGAACUGAGCAGUGCUGCUCUGCAAGCCUUGGGAUUUUGUUUAUAUAAUCCCAGAAUUACCUCAGGAUUGUCAGAGGCAAAUACUCAAGAACUGCUUUUAACCUUGAAUGGUAUCAUUAAGAGUUCAGACAAAAAUGUGUGUACCAGGGCACUGUGGGUAAUAUCCAAACAGACGUUUCCUACUGAACUUGUUAGCAAAAUGGUAUCCAGUAUUAUUGAUUCAUUGGAAGCAAUACUAAGUAAAGGAGAGAUACAUUCUGCUGUGGUUGAUUUUGAAGCAUUAAAUGUUAUUAUAAGGCUAAUUGAACAAGCCCCAGUUCAAAUGGGAGAAGAGUCUGUGAGGUGGGCCAAAUUGGUCAUACCAUUAGUUGUUCACUCAGCACAAAAAGUACAUUUGCGGGGAGCCACUGCGCUAGAGAUGGGGAUGCCUUUGCUGCUUCAGAAACAACAAGAAAUAGCCUUGAUUACGGAGCACCUUAUGACUACUAAAUUAAUCUCAGAACUCCAAAAACUAUUUAUGAGUAAAAAUGAGACUUACGUGUUAAAACUAUGGCCUUUGUUUGUCAAACUUCUUGGAAAGACCUUGCACCGAAGUGGGAGUUUCAUUAAUUCUUUGUUACAGCUGGAAGAACUGGGCUUCCGUAGUGGGACACCCAUGAUUAAAAAAAUCGCUUUCAUUGCUUGGAAAAGCUUAAUAGAUAAUUUUGCUUUAAAUCCAGUCACUACAGUGUGUGUGCCACUGAUUCAGAGUACAAUAAGUGUUGAUAGUAUUGCUUCACCUCAAGGCAAUUCAUCUCGAGGGUCUGCUUCUCCUGGCUUAAGUCCACUGACUGCGGGACAUAAAGGUGCUUCUCCUUAUGGAACUCCUCGUGGGAACCUGAGUUCAAAUACAGGUGGAAUGGCUGCAAUCCCUUCUAUUCAGCUUUUGGGACUGGAAAUGAUGCUUCAUUUUUUGUUGGGUCCAGAAGUCUUGAGUUUUGCCAAGCAACACAAGAUUGUAUUGAGUUUAGAGCCACUGGAACACCCGCUAAUCAGCAGCCCUUCUUUCUUCUCCAAAUAUGCGCAUACACUUAUCACUGCUGUUCAUGAUAGCUUUGUCUCAGUUGGAAAGGAUGCCUCAGACGCAGUAGUCAGUGCUAUCUGGAAGGAGCUGAUUAGCUUGGUGAAGUCAGUUACUGAAGCAGGAAACAGAAAAGAAAGAUCAGGUUCUGAAGUUUUGACCCUCCUACUAAAAUCUCUGGAAAACAUAGUGAAGUCAGAGGUAUUUCCUGUAUCAAAAACACAGGUUCUCAUGGAGAUUACAGUUAAAGGACUUCCUCAGAAAGUACUAGGUUCACCAGCAUAUCAGGUUGCUAAUAUGGAUAUUCUUAAUGGAACUCCAGCAUUGUUCUUAAUCCAGUUAAUUUUCAACAACAAUCUUUUAGAAUGUGUAGAAGAUGAAAAGUUUUUUCUUAAUCUAGAAACACUUGUAGGCUGUGUGCUUUCUGGUCCGACAUCACCACUGGCUUUUAGCGAUUCUGUACUAACUGUGAUUAAUGAGAAUGCAAAGCAGUUGGUAAACAAGGAGCAUCUCUGGAGAAUGUGGAGUAUGAUAGUCACUCCACUGACUGAUGUGAUUCAUCAGACCAAUGAAGUGAAUCAAGGUGAUGCCUUAGAGCAUAAUUUUAGUGCCAUCUAUGGUGCAUUGACUUUACCAAUAAACCAUAUUUUUUCAGCUCAGACAUUUCCCACGGGUACCAUGAAAACUGUACUUAAAACUUGGUCAGAAUUGUAUAGAGCAUUUACUCGCUGUGCUGCUUUGGUGGCAACAGCAGAAGAGAAUUUGUGCUGUGAAGAACUUUCUUCUAAAAUAAUGUGCAGUUUGGAAGAUGAAGCUCUUUCAGAUUUGAUAUUCUUGGACAGGAUCUCUCAUAUUAUUAUUGUAAUGGUUGAUUGUAUCGACUUUUCACCAUAUAAUAUGAAAUACCAGCCAAAAACCAAAUCAUCGCAGAGAUCUUCAGAUUGGUCCAGAAAGAAGAAGGAGCCCUUAGGGAAAUUGGCUUCUUUAUUUAAGCUAAUUGUGAGAGUCAUCGAUUCUUUCCACACUCUAAGCCUCAAGGAAACAUUCUCUGAUACACUGCUUGCUAUUGGUAACUCUAUCAUUAGCAUGCUUUCCAAUGUAUUUGGACAUAUUUCCUUGCCCUCUAUGAUCCGAGAAAUAUUUGCAACUUUUACAAGACCUCUGGCUUUACUGUAUGAAAACUCAAAGCUGGAUGAGGCUCCUAAAGUGUAUACUAGUUUGAACAACAAGUUAGAAAAGCUAUUAGGAGAAAUUGUUGCUUGUCUACAGUUCAGCUAUCUUGGAGCCUAUGACAGUGAACUUCUUGAACAUCUUUCUCCACUCCUGUGCAUAAUAUUUCUUCACAAGAAUAAACAGAUUCGGAAACAGAGUGCUCUUUUGUGGAAUGCCACAUUUGCUAAAACGACAGCUCUGGUUUAUCCUGAGGAAUUAAAACCGAUAUUAAGACAAGCCAAACAGAAAAUUUUGCUUCUGCUGCCUGGUUUGGAAAACGUUGAAAUGAUGGAUGAGUCCAGUGAACCAUAUUCAGAAUCAACAGAGAAUUCACAAUUAAAUGUCAAGAUAAGUGGCAUGGAAAGAAAAUCAAGUGGAAAAAGAGAUUCCAUUUUGGCACAUACGAAGGAUAAAAAAGAAAAUGUGAAACUGUCGGCCAAACUGAAACUAGAAUCUUCAUCUCCAAAAAUAAAGAGUGGUAAGCUUUUGGAAGAGGAAAAGUCUACUGACUUUGUCUUCAUACCUCCAGAAGGAAAAGAGACAAAGACCAGGGUUCUAACUGAGCACCAGAAAGAAGUACUCAAGACAAAACGGUGUGAUAUUCCUGCCUUGUAUAAUAAUCUGGAUGCUUCACAGGACACUUUAUUUUCUGCUCAGUGUAGUCAAGAAGAAUCAAUGGAAAGCCUCACUUUAACUGAAAAACCAAAAGAAGAUGCCAAGAUAAUUAAGGAAGAGCAAAGGGAGAGUGCUAUUUUCAUUCCUCAAGAUGCCCCGGGAAACUGUGGAAUAGAUGAACAACCUGAGAAGGCUUCUUUACCAAAUUGUGGUGGCUCUGUUGCUGAAACCAAUCCAGAACCAUUGAUCACUGGUUUUGAUGCUAGAAAAGAAGUAUUAAUUUCAUCAAAGAUAAUGUCUACUGAAUAUUCAUCUAGUACAGAAACUUCGGUGGUCAGCAGUAGUUCAGUUUCUGAUGCCACUUUUUCUGGAACUCCUCCACAGCCUACGAGUCGGAGACAAACUUUUAUUACUUUGGAGAAAUUUGAUGGCUCAGAAACUAGACCUUUUAGUCCAUCCCCCUUGAAUAACAUGUCUUCCACUGUUACAGUGAGAAAUAACCAGGGUAAUACAACUAACACUGACACGCCACCAAAAGCAAGGAAAAGAGAAGUGAUGAACUCACAAUCUGAUUCAGAACGUUUGGCGAAUGCAGGUAAGAAAUCAAGCCGGAGAUGGAGUAAAGCUGAGCAGUCAGUUGCUAAAAAGUCUAAGCCUUCACUGACAUCUGAACAGGAAGAGCACUCGUCCGAAAAUAACUCUCCUGAUUUGCUCAGUCCAACAGAACGUGUGUCAGAAAACCACGAUCAUCCUUUUGAAGCUACCCUAGAGCAUGAAGAUGGAGAUCCUAAACCAGCAGUAGAAAAUGCUUCAUUGGAAGACUUAACGGAAGAGAGAAAUGUAGGCAUUAAUAUGGAAUCUAAAGAAAGUACAGCCUCAGUUGUAGCAUCAACAGAACAAAUAGUAAAUGAAGAUAGUCAAGCUGCUGCACUAGCUACAAAUCCAAAAACACUCCGACGGUCUUCCAGGCGGCGUUCAGAAGCAGCAGAUCCUUGCAGUGACAGCCAAGAGAAAGAAAGUAGUCAGCAAAAAAAGGAAAGACGAAAGGAAGAAGAAAAAACAAUUUCAAAGAGCCCGCUGCAUAUCAAAGAUGAUAAAUUGCCCAAGCAAAAACUAACUGCUGAGCCACCUAUACAGGAAAAUUUAACUGAAAAGGGAAAUACUUUACAUGAGAGAACUCCAGGGGAACCCAGUGUUAGUGCUGAAAUUGACCAAAAUAAAAGAAAACCAGACCUUGAGAAUGUUAGUUCUGAAGGAGGUGGUACCCUGGACAAUAUAGAUAAGUCAUCUGAGAAACCUUUAAGAGGACGGACACGUUAUCAAACAAGAAGAGCUUCUCAGGGUUUGAUUACUGGUGUUGAAAACUCAGAAUCUGAUAGUUCUGAGGCAAAGGAAGAAGUUUCUAGAAAGAAACGAUCAGGGAAAUGGAAAAAUAAAAGCAGUGACAGUGUUGACAUUGAAGAUCAAGAAGAAAAAAUGGCUGAAGAGGAAGUUAUGAAAACUGCAAAUCAGACACACGAUGGUCAAGCACUUCCUGAUGUUGAUAUAAACACAGCAGCUCAGGUUUCUGAAAAAAGUACAAAUAAGGUUAUUCUUCAGGAUUCUUCUGGGUCUGUAGAUUCACUGCAAGUUCCACCUACAGGAGAGGAUAAAAGUAAGACUAGCAAAUGUGUAGACAGUUCAUUUGUAAGUCUACCUGUGCCAGAAUCAAACCUCAGGACUAGGAAUGCCAGUAAGAGAUUAUAUAAACGAGAUACUGAUAGUAAUGUGAAGGUAUCAGACAGCUCUCUGUCUCCUGAAAAAUUCACCCAAGUAGUUGAAUGCCAACACAAGAGAAGUAGGAGAGUCAGGAGAUCUAAAAGUUGUGACUGCUGUGGCGAAAAAUCACAGUUCCAGGAAAAGUCAUUUAUUGGGUUAAAGAACUCAGAAAGUUAUGCUAUAAAGAGUGUAGAGAAAAAAAAGACAGAUAUACAAGUACCUGUGACCGCACCUGAAACUCCUGAAGCUAGUGACCAUGCUGAAACAAAGUUGGCAGGUGAACAGCCUAUUGUGAAUUCUCAUUUGGGUCUUAAAGAAGAGAAUUGUACUACUGGGGAUUCAGUUAAGUAUGAGCCUGAAUUGGAAGAAGCUUCCCUUUCAUCUGAAAUAGUAACUAUGAAAGAGAAGACUCACGAUAUAGACGCUAGGAGUGAAGCAGUGUCUGAAGUCCAAGAGCCAUGUAGUGAAAAACACAGCGCUGCAGAGGACCCAUGCUUAAGUGAGUGCAAAGACAUUUCACAGAACCCCCUUUCAGAGAACAGAGAAUUUGACAUCAGCGAUGUAGGGAAGGUAUGCAAAGUAAUAGCUGGGUCCAGUCCAGAGGGAGUUGAAACUGUGGAUUUAAAGGACGCAUUUGUAGCUGCUGUCUCUGAAAAGAGUCCCCAAAUGGAUGUUUCAACAAUAGAUGUGGCAACAGAGGGAGAUAAUAAAGAAGAUGAAUGUGAAGCAGUCACAGCUGAAGUGAAUGCUGAAGGAGUAGCCACUGAGGACUUUAAUUCAAGUAUGGGUCUUUCUGAUACUCCCACACCUGUAAGCAAGGAUGUUGAGAUUGAGCAUCCAGCCAGUGGGGAAAUAGAGGGGGAUAGCAAUGAAUCUGAUUCAGGCUCAUGUGAGGAAAUGAACAAAGAAAUGGAAAGUCAAAAAGCCCAGAUGAACACUGAAAUUGACAAUGCCAGGGUAAAGGAGAUGGACAUGAUUGCCAGUACCUCUAAAUCUGAAGAAGCACUGAUUGGAAGACUAGACAUCAACACUGAGAGCUUAGUUAGUGACAUUGAAAUGGGUGCUGGAGAAAGAACUGUUAAUUGUAAAACUGAAACAUCCAUUGAACUUAAUAAAUUAGAUGAAGCAAAAUUAAGUGACAAUGAAACUGCAGUGGGAAAUGAUACUCUGCAGGAAAUUUGCUUUACUUCAGAGAAAACGGAGGAAUUACCACAGUCUCUGAUACCUCAAGUGGCUUCUGAACUUGCAGCAGAAAGCAAUACUGCAUCUCCUGAAAAGUUAGAGCUGGACCCUUUUGGGUCAGUAAGUGAAAGUCCUAGUGGUAUGCAGGCACGCUGUGUCUGGUCACCUUUGGCUUCUCCAUCCACAAGCAUUUUAAAGAGAGGACUCAAAAGAACGCAAGAAGAUGAGAUCUCACCAGUUAACAAGGUUAGACGUGUCUCGUUUGCAGAUCCAAUAUACCAAGCAGGAUUGGCAGAUGACAUUGAUAGGCGCUGCUCUGUUGUUAGACCUCACUCUUCAAAUAGCUCUCCCAUAAUAAAGAGUGUUAAAACGUCACCUACUUCACACUCUAAGCAUAAUACCACUUCAGCCAAAGGAUUUCUGUCCCCAGGAUCACAGAGCUCUAAAUUUAAGAGCUCAAAGAAGUGUUUAAUUACAGAAAUGGCCCAAGAACCCAUGCUAUCCCCAACAGAAAGUGUUUACCCAGCUUUGGUGAACUGUGCAGCAUCAGUUGACAUCAUUUUACCUCAGAUUACAUCAAACAUGUGGGCAAGAGGUCUCGGGCAACUCAUCAGAGCCAAGAAUAUAAAAACCAUUGGCGAUUUGAGCACGCUUACGGCAUCUGAAAUAAAAACCCUGCCUAUCCGUUCUCCAAAGGUGUUCAAUGUAAAAAAGGCCCUCAGGGUAUACCAUGAGCAACAGAUGAAAUCUCGUGGACUUGAAGAAAUUCCAAUUUUUGAUAUUUCUGAGAAGGCAGUAAAUGGAGUGGAGAGCAAGACCGUCUCCACGGAUGAAGAAAGAUUCGCCUCAGAUUUGAUUGAUCCCGUGACCCUAGAUCCCCCAUUGUCUAAAAACCUUGUGGCACAAAUUAGUGCUCUCGCUCUUCAACUGGACUCAGAAGAUCUCUACAGUUACUCUGGAAGCCAGCUAUUUGAAAUGCACGAAAAACUUGGUACCAUGGCAAACUCUAUAAUAAGAAAUCUACAGUCACGUUGGAGAUCACCAGCCCAUGAAAAUUCUUAGUAUUUUAAGAGAAAUGUAAAGUUUUUUCACCAUCAGAUUUUAUUUUUUGGCUUUUAGAAAUAUUCACACCAUUUAGAGAGGACACUUUGUAAAGUUGGUAAAGUAAUCAAAUCCUGAAAGGUAAUGAAUUACUAGGUCAUUUUUAUAAGCUCAUUAGAUCUUCCCUACUGUAUUUUCUUGGCCAGUACACAUAGUUUUUUAAGAAAUUUAAAUGUUACUGAAACUUGAAAGCAAAAGAAAUAUACAUACUUUUUUUUUCAUGCUUUAACUCAUGCAUAUUUUGGUAUAGCUCAUGCAAAAGAUUUUAAUUGAGAUAGAAGAAAAGUUUUAUUUACACUUUAUUGAAUUGAUAGAGAUGUUUAUACUCUUUCAAAAUAUUUAUAUUUGUUGUGCCUGGUCGAACACCUGUACUGAGAUGCAAAAGAAUGAGAGCAUUUCCUGAAGAUUACAGCUGUAGAAAAUCUUUGAAAUACCAAGUUUCAACUUGUGUGUUAAAAUAAUCAUGCUUAAUUCACUAAGAUUCUGUUCAUUGUGCAUUGACAAAUACUUGUGCAGCAGCCUUUGUGAAAAUGUGCUCUUAUGAGGUAUAGUGUUCACCCUUAAAUGCAUGACUUUGUACAUUAUGUAUAGAAGACAAUGGUUUUUAAUUUAUAAAGUUCAGCCUUCAUUAAUCGCAUGAGUUUUCUGCAGCUUUUUGUGAAUACUAUUGUUUUGUGUAAUAGAAACAUUUGUAUAUAUUUAAUAUCAAAAUAUCCAUGUGGAUAGUAAAAGUACUUCAUUGGACCUACUGAGGAUAUUUGUAGGAGUCUUUAUCUACAAAUAAAACAACAGAUAGUUUUGUAUUUAGUUAAAACAUGAGUUUAUUUUCUCAAAUGUCCAGAAUAAUUAAAAUUAUUGGAACCAG